UGUGGCGGCGGGCUCGCGCUGCUGAGACAGGCAGAGCACUGAGGACCGGCGGCGCGCGCUCACAGACUCCCACUCAGCUACACACACACACAUUCACACACACUCCCCAAACAAAGAGAAGCACGCGAGGCAGCACAGCAUCCCACCCUUUCAGCCGCGAGCUCACUUGCAGAACCGCCCCCCCCUCAUCCCUCUCACACGGAACAGAACCGGUCCGGUCCGAGGCUCAAGCGCACGCACACAACCGACGAUGACAACCAACGGCGCGUCCAACGGAACCAGCGACAUGCUGCAGAUCCAGUUCGGUCUGAUCAACUGCGGGAACAAAUACCUCACGGCGGAGACCUUCGGCUUCAAAAUCAACGCCUCCGCCACGAGCAUGAAGAAGAAGCAGAUCUGGACCCUGGAGCAGAGUGACGAGUCCAGCGGGAACGUGUUCUCUCUCAAGUCACAUCUGGGCCGGUACAUCGCCGCCGACAAGGACGGGAACGUUACCGGGGACAGCGAGAGCCCGGGCCCGGAGUGCCGGUUCAUCAUCACCGCCCAUGAUGACGGCCGCUGGUCCCUGCAGUCCGAGGCGCACGGCCGCUACCUGGGCGGCACCGAGGACCGGAUCAUCUGCUUCGCCCAGACCGCAUCUGUGGCGGAGAAAUGGAGCGUGCACAUCGCCAUGCACCCGCAGGUGAACAUCUUCAGCAUGACGCGCAAGCGGUACGCGCACCUGAGCUCCAAGGUGGACGAGAUCGCCAUCGACCGGGACGUCCCGUGGGGGGUGGACUCCAUGAUCACGCUGGUGUUCCGCGAGCAGCGCUACCACCUGCAGACCUCCGACAACCGCUUCCUGCGGAACGACGGCGCGCUGGUCGCCACCACGGACAAGAGCACGGGCUACACGCUGGAGUUCCGCUCCGGCAAGGUGGCGUUCAGGGACUGUAGCGGCAAGUACCUCGCGCCCUCCGGGCCCUCCGGCACCAUGAAGUCCGGCAAGAGCGCGCGCGUGGGCAAGGACGAGCUGUUCGUGCUGGAGCAGAGCCACCCGCAGGUCGUGCUCACCGCCGCCAACGAGAGGAACGUCUCCACCCGGCAAGGUAUGGACCUGUCGGCCAAUCAGGACGAGGAGGGCGACCAGGAGGUGUUCCAGGUGGAGAUCUGUCGUGAAAACAGGAAGUGUGCUUUCAGGACCGCCGCUGGAAAAUAUUGGACCCUGACUGCCAACGGCGGCCUGCAGUGCACAGCCUCCACCAAGUCAACUAAUUGCUACUUUGACAUUGAGUGGCGUGGGAAGAGGCUGACUCUCCGGGCCGCUAAUGGGAAAUACGUCGCCGCCAAGAAAAACGGCCAGCUCGCAGCCACCAUGGACUCUGCCGGUGAGACCGAGGAGUUCAUCAUGAAGCUGAUCAACCGCCCGAUCAUCGUGCUGCGCGGCGAGCACGGCUUCAUCGGCUGCAGAAAGGUGACGGGGACGCUGGACUCCAACCGCUCCACCUACGACUACUUCACUCUGGCAUUCAGAGACGGCGCCUACAGUCUGCAAGACUCAACGGGUAAAUACUGGAUGGUGGGGAACGAGCAGUCGGUGGUGAGCAGCAGCGACACGCCCGUCGACUUCCUCUUCGAGUUCUGCGACUACAACAAGUUGGCCGUCCGCCACGCCGCCGACAGCAAGUACCUCCGCGGCGACCACGCCGGCGUGCUGAAGGCCAACGCCGACGACCUGGAGACCGCCACGCUCUGGGAGUACUGAGGCGGUCGCCCCACUGCUGCGAUGCUGAUGAAUGAAUGAGGUGUGGCGACGCAGCACGGCAGCACCACCCCAUCCAUACAUCUACCUAUCCCCAUCCCCCCACUCCCCACCCAGGCCCACUCCUCAUAUUAUAUCCUGUACUUAUGACUUUAUAUGUUGAUGAACUGCACAGAGAGAACAGGAAGGAUAGAAGGAGGAGGAGGAAGGAGACACUCCCCUUCUCUCCUGCCUCCCUUUUCCUUCCCUCGAUCCUUCCUUCCUCCCUCUUUUUCCCAGCUCUGCUCUGCAGCGCCGACCUUUAUCUGUUGCCAUAGUUACCGUGGGGCUGUGCACUUUUUUUCUGCUCCGAUCUGGUUCGCUGCUCGACCUGUCACUCACUCCACUCCUCGCCUUACGAAUGGGGCCGUCCCUUUCUCCCAGAGCAGAGCAGAGCCACGUUUAAAGAGCCCCCCUCCCCCCCACGUCCUCCCCCCAUCCUCUCUGAGUUAACCCCCUCGUCUUUCUACUUGUCUCUAUUGUCUGUGUGAGCAGCACAUGGUGGCAGUAUUUAUGGUAUCUGACCUGGUCUGCUAGAUCUGUUCCUACCUGAUCUAAUCUCCAAAAACAGAUCCCACCGCGAGGAUGAAAUCCACCAUCAGCUGCUUCCUGUUAGUUGGGAGGGUCUGUUUUUGUGCGUUUGGAUCGGAUUUUCUGCUUCUAUCGGACCAGGUCGAGUAUGUUUGUUUUCAUGAGCAGGCCCUGUUACCUCUGUGUGAUGACUAUAUGAUAUAACUGGAGUGGAUCUGAUGAUGAUGAUGAUGAUGAUAAAGAUAUUGAAGAUGAUGUAACAGACGGGUUUAACCCCCCCCCCCCCUCCUCGCUUCAUCUCAAGUGUAAAAUAUUCAAAUGUUUUCUGUGUUGUCCUUCUAGCUGUGUUCUCAUUGGUUGGCGGGGGGUUUUCUCCUGGACCAAACAGGAUGUAGGAAGUUAAAUUCCCCCUUUGCACCCUCCCACACAAGUUAAACCUAUUGUCCUGAGAACAGUGUAAAGAACAUAAAAUUAAGAAAAUGAUGCGGACACACGUGUUUACUGCACUCACCUGUCUUACUGGAAGAAAAAACAAAAACACUCUAAAGCUAACACAUAGUUGGAUUUCUUUUUCUACGUCCAAGGCACAGACAUUAUCAUGGGUAGGCGUUCAGCAGGUAGUGGAUAAGUUUAUAGACCCCUUUUUGAAAGCUGCUUUUUUGAAUCCCUCGACCAAACUUAGACCUCAGCCUUUAUCUACACCAAACCUUUGAUACUGGAUUAAACAAACUGUCAUCUCACACACACACAAACUGGCCAAACCUGGAACCUGGUGCUACUAACUCACUUUACAGUCCUGUCGAGCAUCUCGCACAGCGUCCGGUCCAACAGAGAGUGAUCUCCUGCCACGUCUCCGUCCCUCGAGAGCCUUGCCAUAUAACCUGAAUGAGCUGCAAGAGUGCCCUUAAUGACCUGAACCUGCUUCUUCUUUGCUUUUUAAUUUCUGUCUGAGCUUCAAGGAGUAUCAUGACAGCCUUUUUCAAUGAGAAAUGACCAAAUUGUGUUUUGUUUCUGUUCCUGACCCGUCAGUGAAGGUGGGAAGAGUUGAUGUUAAAAGAAUAGAAAAGAGGCAGACUUUGAAUUUCGCUUUUUAUUUAACUGGAAUGUCUGUAAUGCAGUCAUGUAGCACAUUGCACCCAUAGGUCCUCUUUGAUUCUCUACCCUUCAGCAGCCCGUUUUUCUCCACGACACAUUUAGCAGCAACGGCUUCUGUAUACUAAUAGUUAUGACAAAGCAAAGCGCCCUGAAUCAAUGGGCUCCUCCACCCGUCAUCGUAGUCCUCAUCCAGCAUUCAAUCAUUGUACUUCUAUGAAAUGAUACGUGAUUGUAGCCAGCUCCUCACCGACACUGUCCAGUUUUUUCUCUCUGAAGUUUUGACCGUUUUUUUUGCGUGAAGGGUUGAGAAUCUCGAGCGAAUAAAAGGAUCGGUUAUCCUCUGAGAAACAAGCGUCUCCAAGGUAACCAAGACCCAAGGCUUAGACAAACGGAUGUGGAAGGGUAAACAUGUGGUAAUGACUGUGCCUUACUCUUGAGUUUUUGGGCAGUAGGAAAAUAAAAGAUUAAAAAAAAAAAGAAGAAGAAUGAAAGUCCACAUCUUUGCUUUGUAUAACUGGAACUUCUUUUUGUAUUAUUAUUUUGUAUAAUUUUUUGAUAUUGUGGAUUAAUCUCUCUCUCUCUCGUGCCAUUGGUUCACCUGAAAUCCAACGACCAAUAAACCUGGGAUUUGGAACGCUA